AUGGAACAGCUGAUGUGCUGUAGCCUCGAAGAGAACACGUAUAGCAUGCAGGGAUUUUGGUUGUGGCAGUCUAAUUUUAUUCAGCUGCGCCGCCGCCGUGAGCAGCGUCGACGCCGGCCCCGCAAUGACACUGCGUCGUCGACGGAGGAGAGCAGUGAACAAAGCUCUCUAACUCCCAGUCAGACUGAGGCAGUCUCGCUGCAACGGGCCAAUGAAAUUCGCGAGUACAUUUCUGCUGUUCUCCACGCCACCGGAUACCCCUAUCGAUCAGCUUCCACUACUGACAGCGCCCCGGAAGGUGCUGACGGCCCUACUCUGGCCCCAGUGACCGAUGCCGAGGCGCUAGCGACGAGUUCCGGGCUUAUGUUAGCUUCGCUUUCUCCUGCCGUGGCAGAUCCCGCCGAGGUGUCCGGUGAGCCGCCACGGAAGACUAACCGCAGUGAAGGGACUGACCCCACUGGACGCACCCCUGCAGUGGCGAAGAGCGCCCUCGCAAAGAUAGUGGCCAAGGCCAAGGCCCAGCAUCGCGAUCUCGUCAAGCAUGCUCCGGUGGUAGCCGCGACCGUGCCCACAAGGCGGACCCAACCGGACGAGACCCGAGGCCAGCCUGGCGUGGGUCGUAAACGGGUUCAAUUCGCUGAUGAGUCUCCUCUGGCGAACAACUCGCAGCUGUCGCGUGGCCACCAGAUCCGCAGUGACAACGGCGACAGUGAUGAUGAGUUCACAAUUCAGCUUCCAGGGCACAAGGGUCCGCGAGCGUCAGCGGACGCAGACGAGAGCGGUGGGCGCGAUGCCGACGCUGUGACAGGCGUUGCCGGCAGUGCCGAUACGGUUGCUGCCAAGCACCCGUCGCAGAUGACUCGCGCGGAGUUUCUCAGCCAGUUUAAGCGAGCCCCACGUCGUGGCGAGGUGGGGCAAACUGCUGAGGAGAUCGCGGCUGCAGAGAAACUGGGCUAUGUCAUGUCCGGCUCCCGCUCCGUGGCAUCUCGCAUGUAUGUGGAUCGCAUCCAGCGGCAGCUGCAUGAACACGAGGCGGCGAAGCUGCAGCAGCAGUUCCGCAAGGUCGAAGAUGAACGUAUGGACGACCAACUGGUGCUUGAACUUGCACAGCUCAUCAACGGCAGAAAGGAAAGCUGA